UGCUUAUGUGGUAUGUGUUUUUGCGCGCGUUGCGAUUGACCGCAACUUGAGUGAAAAAAUUUUCAAAAAGAAAGAAAAAUAAGGAAAUUGGUGCAGCUUGCAACGUCACAAUCAAUUGUAAUGUACUCGUUGCGUAGGUAAUCGCUCGAUCAGAGAUGUUUAACGCUGACUUACGUCAAUGUAAGUACUGAGUACAUAUUUUAUGGUACACUGUAAAACGUGUCGUACAUACGAGUAGCGCAGUAAUGUACACUUUUUUCUCGUUGUCGCUGGUCCGAGGUUCGUGUUGACGUUUGUAAUUGUGUUUGCGAUUGUGAUUGUGACUGUGAUUGUCAUUACGCGUAUCGUGUAUACGAGUAUCGGUUAUCGUUCAAAGUGUUUGUUGUGUAAAAGUGCAGGGCAGGCCACCCAAGUUUAUCGUCGAGCUCGAGCGCCUACGAGAUUUCAGAGUUGAACAUUGAACAAACGAGCGGAAAGAAUUUCAGUGCACUGUUGCUACGUGCGUGCCUACUGCCUUUGUAUCGGCUGGUGACACUUGCAUUUGCGUCCGUCGUUGUUUUAUUUAAUUUUUACAAAUAAUUCGUGGUUUUGGCAGAUUUGAAAUGGUCGUCGCGACGGAAUUGAGUAAAGCCGACAGGCAGCAGAAAUCAUGUUGGAGGUUUAUGGGAAUCGAAUUUGCGCCGUUCGUGAUACCGUUGAGCAGACGAUUGGAAACGUUGACGGUCGCCUGGUUUUUCUUCAGUUUACUUUUGGCCAUGUUCAUUAUAUUUCCGGCUUUCUUCUAUUUGCUCAUCUUCACCAAGUAUUGGUAUCUGCCGGUGUUAUACUUCAGUUGGAUUUUCCUCGAUAGAAAUACUCCGCUUCGAGGAGGACGCAAAUUAAAAUGGUUAAGAAAUUCGAGAAUUUGGAAUUACUACAGAGAUUAUUUUCCGGUAAGACUGGUGAAGACGGCCGACUUGGCAGCCGAUAAGAAUUACGUGUUUUGCGUCUACCCUCACGGCGUCGCCAGCGUCGCGUCUCUGCUAAAUUUCCAAUCCAACGCCACCCACUUUGACGACUUGUAUCCCGGAAUCGAUCCUUACCUGGUCGUAUUGAACGUCAACUAUCGAAUUCCGUUCACCAAGGAUAUUUGGCUAGCUCUAGGCGCCAUCGGAGCGGCCGAAGAAAGCAUUUUAUACUGUUUGAACGGCAAACCUGGAACUAGCUGCGUGAUAAUGCCGGGAGGCGCUAAAGAAGCUCUACUCUCUUCGCCGGGCGAUUGCAAAUGCGUGCUGAAAAACCGCAAAGGUUUCGUUAGAGUAGCUAUGAAGAGCGGAGCCGCUUUGGUGCCGGUGUUUUCGUUCGGCGAAAACGACGUGUUCGAACAAUUGAGCGGACCGUGGGUUCUGUGGCUUCAAGAGCAACUUCGCUCCAUCAUCGGUAUCGCGCCUUGUAUCAUCAAAGGUCGCGGAUUCUUUCAGUACAGUUUCGGCGUACUGCCUCAACGACGACCAGUCACCAGCGUCGUCGGAGCACCGAUACACGUUCCGAAAACGCAAAAUCCAUCUCAAGAACUCGUCGACGAGUAUCAUCAAAAGUAUGUAGACGCUUUGGUUGCGCUCUUCGAACAAUAUAAAGCGAAAUAUCACGUAAACGGCGAUCGAGCCAAGCUUCUCAUCGUAUGAACGCCAACGCGGCCCGAUGCAGAUUUAUCGUCGGUCAAGCGACCACAUCUUGCGCCUUCUCGUCGGCCUGAAAAAUACCAUACGUAACGUAGUAUACACGUACCAUCGACGGAUCUCUCUACGUAAACCUAAUAUCGUCAUUCAUUUCACCAUUUCUUUAUACCUACUUAUUACCGGUCGAUGAUUAACUACUUAUGUAGUUUCCAUAUUUUUAUUUCGUUUGUUUUUGUUAUCGUUAUGCUUACUUAUCGUUGUUAUCUUUCUAUUUCCGUGUUUUUUGUUUAUUCGAUACGCUUGUAGCCUUUGUAAUUGAAAAUUUGGUAUUCGAGGCAGCGGAUCGUUGCAAACUUGGUUUCAAAAAAAGUUGCACAUUUACGUUAAAAGCUUUACAUUUACGCGGUUACAAAUAAAUUUGAAAUUUUU